UCUGCGCUCAGGUACAGCAGCGGCAGUGACAGCAGCAGCAGCGGCAGCAGCAUCAGAUCAGAGAGGCAGCGAUAUUUAUAGACUCCACUGAAGCUGCAGCACCGAGAUAACACCCGGGAUCAAAGCCACAGCCCGAGCACACACACAGACACACAGACGCGUCAAAAUGAAGCUCUUCGUGUCGGUACUUUUAUUCGGGACCGCGGUGGUUUCCCUGGUCAGCAGCGCAGCAGGGACCGAGGGCGAGAUCUCCUUCGAGUAUCACCGCUAUGAGGAGCUGCGGAAGGCGCUGGUGUCCGUGUGGCUGCAGUGUCCGACCAUCAGCCGCAUCUACACCAUCGGGGAGAGCUUCGAGGGCCGCGAGCUGCUGGUGCUGGAGAUGUCCGACAACCCCGGGACGCACGAGCCUGGUGAGCCGGAGUUCAAGUACAUCGCCAACAUGCACGGAAACGAGGCGGUGGGCAGAGAGCUGCUCAUCUACCUGGCUCAGUACCUGUGCAACCAGUACCAGCAGGGCAACGAGACCAUCAUCGACCUCAUUCACAACACCCGCAUCCACCUCAUGCCCUCCAUGAACCCCGACGGCUUUGAGAAGGCUGCGUCGCAGCCCGGAGAGAUCAAGGACUGGUUCGUGGGCCGCAGUAACGCACAGGGCGUGGACCUGAACCGCAACUUCCCUGAUCUGGACCGCAUCAUAUACGUCAAUGAAAAAGAGGGCGGAGCCAACAACCACCUGCUGCAGAACAUGAAGAAGGCUGUGGAUGAAAACACCAAGCUGGCUCCAGAGACCAAGGCAGUGAUCCACUGGAUCAUGGAUAUUCCUUUUGUCCUCUCAGCCAACCUGCACGGAGGAGACGUGGUGGCCAAUUACCCGUACGACGAGACCCGCACUGGAUCCACUCACGAGUACAGCGCCAGUCCAGACGAUGUGACGUUCAAGUCUCUCGCCAGAGCCUACUCUGUUUACAACCCGGUCAUGUCGGACCCACACCGGUCCCCGUGCCGUAAGAACGAUGACGACUCCAGCUUCAAAGAUGGCAUCACUAACGGAGGGGCCUGGUACAGUGUCCCAGGAGGAAUGCAGGAUUUCAACUACCUGAGCAGUAACUGCUUUGAGAUCACACUGGAGCUGAGCUGUGAUAAGUUCCCCAGUGAGGAGAAACUCAAGAACUACUGGGAGCAGAACCGCAACUCACUUGUCAACUACAUUGAGCAGGUUCAUCGUGGAGUCAAAGGUUUUGUGCGUGACCUCCAGGGAAACGCCAUUUCCAACGCCACCAUCUCUGUGGAGGGUAUUGACCAUGACAUGACAACAGCCAAAGAUGGAGAUUAUUGGCGCUUGCUGGCUCCUGGAAACUACAAAGUGGCAGCGUCUGCUCCAGGAUAUUUGUCUGUUAUCAAGAAGGUGGCUGUUCCCUACAGCCCUGCAACCAGGGUGGACUUUGAGCUGGAGUCUCUGAUGGAGAGGAAGGAGGAGGAGCGGGAGGAGCUGAUGGACUGGUGGAAGAUGAUGUCAGAGACACUGAACUUCUGAAAUGUUUGUCUGCGUUCACACAUCGAUGUAAUAUAUUCAACAUUCUGUGUGCCCGUCCACUCUAAAAAAAAAAGAAAGGAAUAUAUUGUCUCUUGUUUUGCUCUCUUUUAAUCAUUAUCCUAAUUGAUUAUAUUGUUAUUAAUGUAUUAACGGGUUGCCUCAUACUCCGCACACACACACACUGACGGACACAGGAGAGCUAUGAGGUAGUUUCACGACAAUGAGAUUGGUGUUUAUUUCUGUGUUGUUGUGUUCUUUAUCGUACAUGUGAUUGAUCACCAUGGCAACCUAUCUAUAUAACCAAUGAGUGACUGAGUAAAUAUGUAUGUGAGCGGGCCGUUAACAUCGCGACCACACGGCUCUGUUCAUAACAAGUCAUCAUUUUCCUGUUUUAAAUGUCUCUGUUUCUCCAGGUUUAGUAGAAAUAAUAAUAAUAAUAAUACACAUACACACAACCAUAUUGCAACUGUAAACACACGCACACACACGAUAUACUCUACACUAUUUCUCUGUUUCUUUCCUGUAUUAUAAAAAGUAUGACUAUAGUUCUGAGAUAGUCAGGGAUAUUAAAGACACUGUAAAACUAUUAUAAACACUAUACUAGAAACAGUCGACAUGAACGAGUUCAUUUCCCAGUAUGUUAUUGAUGUUGAGAUUUUUUUUUUUUAAACUUACUGCAGCACAGCAUUGAUUUUAGCACAAGGUGAAUGAUUCUAAUAUAUAUAUAUAUAUAUAUAUACUGUAUUUAUUAAGAAGGUAAGUAGCAAGAACUGUCUGGUUUUUGUAUCAAAUAAAAAAAGACCAUAAUCUGUCCACCUCAGUCUACCCAAAGCUUUGUACUGUAUGUGCACUACACACAGGGAUUACUAGAGGUGCUUUUCAAUGAUAAAUUAACACUUAACCUUCUGAGUGGACACUGUUUGGACGUCUGUAUGAAUGCAGACCCCCGGGUUGAGAUCAUAGAAAGAAUGUAUUGAAUGUGUUGCUAUAGAAACUGAUACACAAUGUAAAGAUUGAACUGAUCAAUAAAACGGCCCCUCUAUGUUGUCA